CACACACACCGCACACACAGAGACACCGCACACAGUUUUGUUCCCGUUAGACCCCGUCUGCUGCUGCCCCCCGGCCCCCCGAGGAUGGCGGCGGGCCCGGCCCGGCGCACCCGGAAGCUGCGGAAUUGGGUGGUGGAGCAGGUGGAGAGCGGAGAGUUUUCGGGGGUCUGCUGGGACGACCCCGAAAAGACCAUGUUCCGCAUCCCCUGGAAACACGCCGGCAAGCAGGACUUCAGGGAGAACCAGGAUGCCGCCUUCUUCAAGGCCUGGGCCGAGUUCAAAGGGAAGUACCAGGAAGGCGACCCUGCCGACCCCGCCGGCUGGAAGACGCGUCUGCGCUGUGCCCUCAACAAGAGCACCGAGUUCGAGAACGUGAUGGCCCGGAGCCACUUGGACGGCGCUGAGCCCUACAAGGUGUACCGGCUGCUGCCCCCCGGGGAGCCCCCUGCCCAGUCACGAUCCCGGAAGCCGCAGUCCAAGAGGGACCACAAGACGCUGUCCUCGGAGGAGGAGGAGGAAGAAGCCGGGGGUGCCAAGAGAAGCCGGGCGGCCAGCCCCGUGGCCGCGGCCUCCCAGAGUACGGCCUUGAGAGUGACGGGAAGCCCGCACCUCGCCUCCCGGCACCCGGAAGACUCCGGCAUCGGAAGCAACAGCAACAGCCCCGAGCCUGCUGGCGCCCCCGACGCCACCGAGGUGGUCACCCAGGCCCUCGCCAGCCCUCUGGAAGUGUACCUUUCUCCGGAGACAGACCACUUCCCGCUGCUGACCAUCGUGUACAGCGGCCGGACGGUGCACGAGUCGGUCCUGCGCAGCCCGGAUUUCCACCUGUCGCCCGGGCCCUCCCUGUCCGGGGCCUACAUGAGCCACGUGCUGCUGCCCGCGGCCGAGGCCCUGGCCGAGCCGGGCCCGCGCCAGGCCACCCGCCGGCUGCUGGGGCGGCUGGAGCGGGGCAUCAUGGUGGCCAGCAACGUCCGAGGCCUGUUCGUCAAGUCCCUGUGCCCCGGCCCCGUCUCCUGGAGCGGCCCGGGCACCGGCUCCGAGCGCCGUUGGCUGCCGCAGGGAGACCUGGAGUGCCUCUUCAACGCCACGCUCUUCAGAGAGGAGCUGGACCAGUUUCGCCAGGGCCUGCGCCCCGUCCCCGAGUUCCAGGUGACCCUAGAUUUCUGGGAGGAGCGCUCCGGCCCCAAUCACACCCCGCAGAAUCUCAUCACCGUGAAGCUGGAGCAGAUCUUCGCCCGACGCCUGCUGGAGGCUCCCGAGGAGGAGACGGCGGCCAUGACCCUGCUGCAGAACCUGGGAGCCCCCCUGCCUCCGACCUUGCCCGCCCUCUCGCUCCCGGACUCGCCCUUGACCUUCACCCUCCCUCCCACCCCCCCGUCCCUCCUGUGAGGGGCUGCCAUUCCCGAAGUGGACGAGGCCGAGAACUCCCGCUCGUAGCAUCCGUGAGUCGUGACGCUCCCGCUCUGGGAAUCCCAGCCGGAACGGAC